GUCGUUCGCAGCUUGCAGAAGCAGCAGAAAUAUCCUGACAGAAGAAUGAUUUGGCUCAAAAACCUUUACGUGCAGUUGUAUAAGGAGAGCACCCCUGAGCCUAAUGGCCAAGGGAUGGUGGGGCCGCGGCCAUAUGAUGCCCUCCAAGCUUUUGGAGGAAGAAUCGAAAGAUGGAAAGGUUUUGGGUUGACACAAGCCAGCACUAGUUCAUCGCGUCCGAAGGAGGCCUCUCUAACAAGCGAGCCCGGUGGAACUAAAAACCGUCUGAAAAACUUCCGAAACGCAGUGCAAAGGAAAUUUAGGGGAACAUCGCGGGAAGGUAGCCGCUCUCAAAGCCCGCAACCACAUUCUCCUAUGGUGCGUCCUCCAUCGAUAAGGUCGCAAAUCUCAUCGCAGUCCGGUCCGCCAGGUCCAAACUCCCCUGGGUAUUUGCUUAAGCCUCGGGUGGACACUGCAAUGAGUGAUUGUGGGGAUGUUGAGAGUAUAUACACUCCGAGAAGCAGAACACCGACAUCCAGCUCGUAUGGAGGGCGCUCGGUUGGUGGCCGAUCCACGAAAUCAUGGCGAUCGCGCGGCGGUGAAACUCCUAACUCUGGAUCCAUUAGCAGUAGUGGACAGCGAGAGAAAGAGCGACUAAACUCUCGGCUUCCACCACGUUUGGUGAACGCCUCACACACUAACAACCCUGAUUUUCUUUCCAGUGAUUUUCUCACGCGAAAUUCUACCAUGGCAUCAUAUCAAUUAAACGAAAAGCAGUAUAAGAUCUAUAAUGCUCUAGCAGUUGCAAGCAUCACCAGCAUGGGAGGCAUGAUGGACACCUCUCGAUCAUCAGUGUUAACACCUACGAUGCUGAAAAACUUUGUAAAUAGUCAACAAAUGGAAAUGAUUGAUGAAGAACUUGCCAUAAAGUUGAUUCAGGAUCAUGAGCCAGAUCCGCUAUGUCGGCAGAAAAAUCAGAUGUCUUUCGAAGGUUUCGCCCGAUUCCUCUGCGAUCCCGUGAACUUUGCUUUCGUUCCGGAAACGAUCCAGCCAGACGAACGAGACCUGCAGCUUCCUCUUCCAUACUACUUCAUUAAUUCAAGCCACAAUACCUACCUCACAGGUCAUCAACUCAAGGGACCGAGCAGUGCUGAGAUGUAUAGAGAGGUGAAGCUUUGUUUUUUCCUUCUGAACUCUCGUGGAGCAGUGAUAAGCUUUUUACCCUAUGUUGGCAAAGUUUUCUUCUGA